AGGCGCUUGGUCGAUUAAACCCGGGGGGCUUAUUUCUAGGGUUUAUCUAAUUCUUCAAAAAAUCAGUAGUCUCCCCAAUUUUCCCCACACAAAUACGCAAAUAUAGAGACAGAGAUGAAAGGCCUACAGAUUUCUUUGAACAAAACGCAGAAGAUAAGGCUCGAGAGAGCUCUGGAAUUGUUGGAGUCAUUCUCCUCAAAAACCAACUCCAAUGCCUCCGUCACCGUCGCCGACGUCAUUCCGGUAGACCACGAAGAUGGUAUCCUCAAGGGACACGGGACAUCGGAGAUGGAUGGCCGUGUUGUGGCAACUUUAUGUGGAGUUGUUGAACGGGUUAACAAACUUGUCUAUGUGAGGUCUUUGAGAGCGAGGUAUAAGCCAGAAGUAGGUGAUAUCAUUGUGGGUCGAGUGAUUGAGGUUGCUCCAAAGCGGUGGAGAUUGGAGAUAAACUCUAGUCAAGAUGCUGUAUUGAUGCUUUCAUCUAUGAAUUUGCCAGAUGGCAUUCAGAGACGACGAACUGCAGUUGAUGAACUAAACAUGAGAAGUAUAUUUGAGGAGCAUGAUGUUGUUUGUGCCGAAGUUCGUGGUUUCCAGCAUGAUGGUAGUCUGCACCUGCAAGCUAGAAGCCAGAAAUAUGGAAAGCUCGAAAGGGGUCAGCUGCUCAUAGUUUCUCCUUAUCUAGUGAAGAAGCGUAAACAGCAUUUCCAUCAUCUGGAUCAGUAUCAAAUUGACUUGAUACUUGGCUGCAAUGGCUUCAUUUGGAUCGGUGAGCAUGUUGAUGUAAAGGAUGACACAAUAGAAGAUCAAUUAAACAAAUCUAUGCAACCCAGUACCAAAUCUAGCACUUCAAUGAUCCUUGAGGAAGAGGAAAAGUAUACGGCCCCAGAAAUCAGGUUAAAUAUAUGCAGGAUAGCAAAUGCCAUCAGAGUAUUAUCUAAUUUAGGCUUUAUGAUAACUGUGGAGUUGCUAUUGGAGACGGUUGGCUUGAGCGAGUCACUGAAUCAUGUACACGAGAUGCUUGGGGCAGAGUUCUAUGUAAUGGUUGCCGAGAAAGAAGCUGAAAGACGAAGCCAAUUGACCAAAAAAAGAUGAUUUUUUUUUUUUGGUUUGUGUGUUUUAUGUCUCGCUAAAUUGUUGUUAGAAUGAGGUCUCAAUGUAGUUUUGGUGAUGAUUCUUUUAUUUUACAGAUUUAGUUCUGAUGACCAGAAACUAAUUUAAUUAUAUGAGUUUA